AUGGGUGGCCUCCAGCUGAGCGAUCAAAAGCCAGCACUAGCAAUGUUAGCUUUACAAUUCUGCUAUGCAGCUGUGGGUCUCUCCACAAGAGCCGCUCUCCUGAAAGGAAUGAGCCCUAGAGUUUUCUCAGUUUACAGGCAAGCCAUUGCAACUUUAGUGACUGUUCCUGUAGCUUACUUCUCAAGGAGAAAAUCAAAUUGUUCUAUGGGAUUAAAGAGCUUCUCUUUGAUAUUUCUGACCUCACUUAUAGGGGUAACAAUUAAUCAGAACAUUUAUUUUGAGGGAUUAUACUUAGCUUCAUCAUCCAUGGCAAGUGCAAUGGGAAAUCUAGUCCCUGCUAUCACUUUUGUAAUGGCAACAAUUGUUGGGAUGGAGAAAAUAAAUAUUAAAAGCACUAGAAGCGUAGCCAAAAUUGUAGGAACAUUAGUCUGUGUGAGUGGAGCCAUUUCCAUGGCACUACUAAGAGGCCCCAAGCUUCUGAAUUCAGAAAUAAUCCCACCACAAAAAUCUUUGUUUGCCUCAGGAAAUCAUGAGACCUGGCUGUUGGGUUGUCUCUUUCUCUUUGCAAGUUCUUGGUGCUGGUCACUUUGGCUGAUUUUGCAGGUUCCAGUUUCUGCCAACUAUCCUGACCACCUUUCUAUGUCAGCCUGGAUGUGUUCCUUGGCAACUCUUCAGUCAGCAAUACUUACAAUCUUCAUAGAGCCAGAUCCUGAAGCAUGGAAUUUUAACUCAUUUCUUGAAAUUGGUUGCUGUUUCUUCUCAGGAAUUAUAGGCUCAGGAGUUUCAUUCUUUGUUCAAGCUUGGUGUAUCUCAAAAAAGGGUCCUCUCUUCUCUGCAAUGUUCAAUCCUCUAUGCACAGUUGUUGUAACCAUCUUGGCUGCUUUGUUGCUACACGAGGAGAUUUACACUGGAAGCCUGAUUGGUGCAGUUGGAGUAAUUCUUGGACUAUAUAUUGUGCUAUGGGGCAAAGCCAAAGACAAUACAGGAGAAAAAGAAGGGAAGGAAGAAAAUUUACAGAUUGAUGUAUCUUCUGAGAGAGCAAGAUAUAACAAUGAUUUAGAGGAGCCUCUUCUCUUUUUUAUGUUCGAGGAGCCUUUUGUGCUGCCCUUGGAUCCUCACUAUUCUCCUUUGAAGCUGCCUGGAGAUGACUGCAACAGCCUUGUGAUGCUGCAGGUCUGGGCCAGGAAAAAUCCCAAGAUUUGCUGCAGACCUAUUCGGUACCUGUUUGCUGCUUUCUGGUGUUGCAUUCUGAGUUUCCUGAUGAAGAUCUUCUGCUGUUGGAUGAGGGUGAAGGCAGCAGAGAAUAGGUCUAGUUGGAAGCUGAAGAUUCUAGACUCUGCUACUCUCUGCCCUGACCUGAAGAUGUGCCAGCUGAUGCUGGCUCUUUCUUGCUGUGCCCAGUUGCCAGGAUUUCCUGGUUUCCCAUUCUGCAGACUUCUUCUCAGCCUGUUCUGCUCUUCUCGAAGCCUGGAAUUCUGUGCUACUUGUUUGGUUCAGAAGCUUGAUCCUGCUGUUUCUGUCCCCUAG